AUGGAAGAUAAUCUAUCACUAUAUUGUUUCAUAAUCAUAAUUACAUCCAUAUUCCCCGGGGACCAAGAAGCCUCAGAAUGUCGACGAAAAACUGAAAUAAGAUUAGGAAAAUCGAUGUUAUCAAAUUUUAUUUCGACAAAAGAUUUAAGACGGGAAGAAAUGACCUUAGGGAAGGAACUUGCAAAGCAAAUAGAUGAUUAUACAGCUACUUAUGAACCAGAAGAUCAGUUAGAAUGGUCAUUGGUACUAGGUGAAAUCAGAUCAUUUAUUGAAGCAGAUAAUCUUGUAAAUGUCAUGGAUGUGGAUUCUUCUUCCAUUGUAUUGUCGCAUCGUCUUAGUCCUUUGAAUACACCUCCAAUUGAAAAAUUGCCAUCCAAUCAUUUAACUCUUCAAGAAAUUCUAAUUGUAGGCAAUUGUUGUGACCAGCCAGAAAACGGUGAACAAAGACCUCUGAAGCGUGAAAAUCCACACAAAUAUCUUCUGUAUAAACCAACUUUCAGUCAAUUAUUUGUGUUUUUGGCAUCAGGAUUUAAAGAACUUCCGCCAAAUGGUGUAUUAUUAUUAUAUUUAUCAGCUGAUGGAAGUUUUUCUAAUAUUAAACAUCCUGAUGACAUGGGUUACGAUUAUGGAGGUGUCGCCACCAACAGUAAGCGUGAACCAGAUCAUGCAAAUAAAAGAAAUAUUCAGUUGAAAGAUAUGCAUUGUUUAUUCCCAGGCGAUCUGUAUCCUUAUACCCGUAAACCUUUAUUACUGAUUGUCGACAGUGAUAACAGUCAUGCCUUCCAACACAUACCUCGUUAUUUUGGACAACCUGUGGUGGUACUGAUGUCACCCGAAGAUGUACCAGCUGCCUUCCGUGAUCAACAGCACAAUGGCAGUCUGUUUACUCUGUUUCUUCAUAGUCCAUUAACGGCAUUAUGUUUUAUAUGCAAUAUUGUGGAUAUUCCUAUAACACUCUGGGAGAAAGGUCAAAGCCAUAUGGAUCGAUUUAUGAGUGAAGCUAGUCGUUUACUCACUAGGUCUCGAAAUAUUGAUCCAGCUUAUUUACAGUUUUAUGGAGAUGACUUCUUGCGCUUGUUAAUUUUAAGAUUUAUAUUUUGUCAUAUUGUCUUAAGGUUACAUCGGCUCUUUAAGGGUCAUGGCUUUUCUCCUCGUUCACAUCCUCCUUUGCCUGAGAGUGAGUUGCUCGAUCAUCCCAGUCUAAGACGAGCAGUGUUAGAAUUAGCAGCAGCUCUAGACAUGCGAUCUUUCUUUGUUGAAACAGACGAUGCCGACUGA